AUGACGUCCUACUUCUCAUCCAUAACCUCGAUAUCCAACCUCAGUACCCGCUUCACCUCCCUUCGGCGUGCUAUUUCCGCAGACGAGACAGACGACCCCGAAAACGAGGAUCUCUCACAUAUCUCCAACGUGCUACGGGCGUACUACAACGAAAAAGGCCGCAGAUUGCCGCCUUGGUUACCCCCAGAUAAGAAAUCGGCAUACAACGCUCCCGUUGUUGCGACCUCUCAGGCAUCUUUCCAGGGCUAUGGUGGCACGCCGACUCAGCCAGGCGGCCGUGGUGGCCUAGGGGAUCUGUGGGACGACUCAGGGCGAUCGCAACCGCCGCAGCAAGCUACAGGGAGCCUCCGUUCCGGUCGAGGCCAGAAUAACCUGACAAGCCAGAAAAAUGCACUACCACCGUCCUUAAAACCCGCUCCAAACCAUCUACCUCACCGUCCUGCAGCUGGCUUGAGGAUCCAAAGUAAUGGAUACGACCAUGAUCCUUCACCUCACGCUGGAGGCCGCUCUCAGACCACUGGUGGCGCCAGACCGUUACCUAGUCAGCGUGCUGGCUCAUACCAAACUUCUGGUGCACAAUCGUCACGCCCGGAAGGGAUGGAUCGAACAUUAUCCGGGGCUUCGGCGCAGGAUAGGCUUCGUGCGCGGUUGCACGGUGGAAGUAGCAAAUCGUCUUUCGGCUCCAGCAAGUCAUUUGAUUCUACUUCUGCCUUGAGUGACGGCGGAGGCUAUUCCAGACAUCAAGCACCAGGCCAGAGUGGUGGUUAUCGAUAA